CACACACACACACACACACACACACACACACACACACACACACACACAUAUAUACAGACACUCAUUCACUUACGCAUUCAGAGAACAGCCAGCAGUACAAGGACAUAGCCACACUUCUCCCGGGAGUAUAAAACAGGGAGUCUGGCACGCGAGCAGCCAGACACAGCACAUCCAGAGACGAGUAAGUUUCCACCAAACUCCACUCAGACCAAGGAACAGAGGAGGACAUGCUGGCUCAUUUGGGGCACUGCCACAUCACUUUAUCACAGUCACAGGCAGAGUAUCGCCCUGCAGACACGCCGUCACAGCCGAACACAUGCCACAGGAUGUCGGAGGGAGAUGUCACCGUGCUGCCACUCGGACAAAACAUGCCAGACCUCUCCCUGCAGGAAUGGCAGUCCAUUACCAGACUCUACUGCAAGAACGGAGGACACCAUCUGACCAUCCGCCCGGAUGGGGCCGUGAUUGGCAGUAGGCAGGACAACGACCCCUAUGAUCUUCUGAGGUUGAAGGCAGUGAGUCCAGGAGUGGUUGUCAUAAAGGGUGAGGAGUCAGGGAGAUACCUGGCCAUGGACAACAAUGGACACCUUUAUGGAUCGCAAGGGUUGAAUGAUGAGUGUUACUUCCUGGAAAAGUACGAGGAAAACAACUAUAACACGUAUCGCUCUCAGAAGUACAGCUGGUACAUCGGUCUGAACAGGAGGGGCCAUCCCAAAGUGGGACUGAAGACCCACCAGGGUCAGAAGGCCAUCUAUUUCUUGCCCAGGCCUAUGAGCAAUCUGUGAAGCAACCGGACACCACAGACCACAGCAGACGACUCUAACCCUCGGCGGACUUUUACAUGCAUUUAGCAUUUUUAUUCAGGAUCAGCACGUAGUCCCCUUUUUUAAACCGCUGUUGUAUAUACAGUAAAUGUCGUAUUCUCUCAGCAACAAGCCAUGAAAACUCAUAUCCGGAAUUUUGCCCGCAUUUGGUGAACAGGUUUUACCGUAAUAGUUAGAAUAUUCUGUUUGUGAAUGCAGGUAUGUAUUUAUGAUCACCAUAUACAUACGGAUAUAAUCAACUUAUUCUAAACGUUUAAAUGUAACUGUGAAAAAAUGAGCAUCCACAAUAUUUUGUGUAUCUAAACACACCAUCACUGAGAAAAGGCAGAUGUGUUUUCUACCAGUGUAUGUCGUUGAUGUUCAGCAGUGUGAAAUAUCAUUGGUAGAUCAAUGGGACAGAUCACUGUUUAGCAGUUUAAUGACUUGUCUGGCCCAUCACGUCUAAACCAGUGAGGUAGUAGUAAAAUCAAAAAAGAGCAAACUAUCUGGCAUCACUCUGGCCUCUAAAUAUGACCCUAUGGCUACAGACAUGUCUUUAUGGACUGAACAUCUGUCCAAGUCUCUCCCCAUUUGGUUUGUUAUUGUUGCUGUAUUCGGCUCUCUAUUUUGGAGUAUCAGACCAUGAAUUAGCUCCUUCCUUGAUGCUCCCAAAACCCCUUUAUGAGCAUUCAAGUUCGCCGAGUUAAACAGAGGAGAAGCAGACCAUCGUCAGACCGAAAAGGCCCCUGUGUCUCUCUGGUGUGUCUCCAAAAAUAGCAUUGGACAAAGCAAGGAACAUCAAGGCUUUGAUAGCAUAAGGGGAAUGCGCUGAUCAACUUUCUCAAGAGAGUGUUAACAUAGCUGAUGCCCAAUAUGCACCAGCAACUGGCUAGCUACUUAACACUCUAUUAUAUCUCUACAGCUAUACUGUGUGAAUGUGAGAUUUCUAAUUGCCUUGCUAGUUACUAGCCAAUGUGCAGCCAAAGCAUUCAAUAUAGGCAAAACCUACCUCCUCUAAAACUGACAUACCUGUAUAUUCCAGUCUUUUUUCUCUCUCUUUCCAUGUCUAUAAAUAAUGGGACAUGGAUCUUUUCAGUAGGUUGUGUUUUCAACGAUAUUCUCUGCUCACUCUCUGAGUGGCGUGUAGACACCGCUGUUUGGCUGGAGGAAGAUGGAGUCAGGCUGUAUUUUUGAUUUGAUUCAAAUCCCUUUCCACGGUUAUGGGCGCCAUCUACUACAGUGUUCCCUCAAACAGAUCUCUGGCCCCACACAGGCCAAAUGCUAUCACAGAGUACCAAGUAAGGCCCAAGACAAGACCGUCGAGAUUAUUUACAAGUUCAAUUUUCAUUUCUCAGGCAAGAAAGUUUGUAAAUAUGAGGAAUUUGAGUUGGUGGGACUCUAGACAUAUACAUCACAUGGGGCAUAAUCGUGAAACACUGAAGUAGAAAAGAACUGAGUGAAGGUGGUUCAAAUCCCCGUGUUAUUUCCGGCUUGGUUGGGCAUCCAUGCAGAUACAAUUGGCCAUGUCUGCAGAUGGGAAGCCAGAUGUGGGUGUGUCCUGGUCGCUGAACUAGCGCCUCCGCUGGUCAGUCGGGGCGACUGUUUGGGAGGAAGGGGGAACAGUGUGAUCCUCGCACGUGCUACGUCCCCCUGGCGAAACUCCUCACUGUCAGGUGAAAAGAAGUGGCUGGCGACUCCACGUGUAUCGGAGGAGACAUGUGGUAGUUUGCAGCCCUCCCCGGAUCAGCAGAGGGGGUGGAGCAGUGACCGGGACAGCUCAGAAAAGUGGGGUAAUUGGCUGGAUACAACUGAGGGGAAAAAGGGGGAAAAGUCCAAAAAAGAAAAAAAGAAAGAAAGAAAAUAACUGAGUGUAUCUCAGAACAGGACAGUAUCCACAUACUAAGACCUCCAUCACGGUACCUUAAAAUUAUUUAAGGUUUACCUAAAUAUUUUGAAUAGAAGGAUAAUGUGAAAACUGGCUGAUUUCCAUGAGAUACUCUCUUUUUCCCUCUCCUUCCCACAGGGAGGUUAGAAACAUUUCAUUGGGAGAUGAUAGACAAUAGGCCUUGGGUAGUAGCUGGCACGUGGGAUGGAUGCUGGGUCCAAACAGAUUGAAGGCCAGUCUUCCUACCGAUCACGUCAGUCUACUGCGUCUCAUUCCUUGAUGUUUGAAUAUUAAAUUGGCUCUCUCUCCCUCUUGUUUUCCAGGUUUUCAAGCCUGUAGGAAGUCGUACUGCGUGGUUUUAAUGAGGAUUACAUGAAUAUGGAAAGGUCAUUUUAAAGAAACUGGCAAACGUUGAAACCUUUCCCUACAAUAUAAACAAAGUGUGUAGUUUAGAAAAACAUCCAACAGUCAAAAUAUCAAAGUAUUCCCAAAGUGUCUUAAUGCCAGAAUUAUUAUUAUUUCCCCAUGAUACACACUACCCUGUGACUCUCUGUGUAUACAAGCUGGACAUUGCCAAAAACAGUCCUAGAGCUAGGAAGCUGUUUUUCCUAAACAGCACCCUGGCACUGCAUUAGCACAAGGCUGCCAGAUGCCUGCCUGAUAUAUAUAUAUAUAUAUAUAUACACACACAUACAAACAUAUAUAUAUAUAUAUAUGUGUGUGUGUGUGUGUGUGUGUGUGUGUGUGUGUGUGUAUUUCCACCUCAGGAUAGAUGUCGCUAUUCAUGUCUACCCAAGAAAUUGGAAAUGAUUCCCUCAUUAAGCAGUGCAGUUAUUGUUGUAAUGUCAGUUUAGAUUUUUUUUUAAGUGACAUGACAGUUUCAUGUCUUAGAUUUAUAUA